CACAGUGUCUCAAAACUAGUAAAUAGACAAUACAACCUACCCCCUACUCUCGCUAGAGUUAAUCAGUUGUCUGAUGUUUAUUUACAUGCUGUUCAGUAUUAACCUUUGCUACAAGCUAUUUGCUGACAAGAGAGGUGUGUUUUUGCCCUCACUGUACUCACUUGUACCGAUCACAGUUUUGGAAACAUUCGAUUGCAAAGUAUGUUCUAAAGUGUUAUUCAGCGUCUCAUUGAGCAAAGCACACAUAACGUUUUACCAGCUGAGAGAUUAAAGGUCAUAUUGCCUGCUCUUCUGAAACAUGACUACUGCUAUUCAAACACCUCCUUUGACUGUGCUCGAGAAUAUCGCCUCCAAGCUUGAAUGCAGCAUACCUGACGAGAAACUGGCUGUUUAUCUAGAUGACCAAGAUGAAUUAAAGCAUUUUAAAGAAUGCUUUCACAUUCCAAAGAUGAUGGAUUUGCCAAAAGUUGACAAGUCCCUUGUGAAUGGAGAUGAUGAUUGUGUGUACUUCUGUGGAAAUUCUCUUGGCCUUCAACCAAAGAAAGUUAAAACCUAUAUAGAUGAAGAACUAGACAAAUGGGCAAAAACAGGCGUUCAUGGCCAUUUCACGGGUAAGCGUCCAUGGGCUUUAGGAGAUGAAUGUAUUGUGGAUCUAAUGGCUACAAUUGUUGGUGCAAAAAGGGAAGAAGUAGCCUUAAUGAAUGGCUUGACUGUUAAUUUACAUCUACAAAUGCUAUCGUUUUACAAGCCAACAAAAGAACGUCAUAAAAUCCUUUUGGAAGCAAAAGCCUUUCCGUCAGACCAUUACGCUGUUGAAUCUCAGAUUCUGUUCCAUGGUCUUGAUGUUGAAGAAAGCAUGCUGCUGCUGCACCCACGGGAGGGUGAAGAAACACUUAGGACUGAAGACAUCCUUUCACUUAUUGAAAAAGAAGGCAAUUCCAUUGCUGUAAUUCUAUUCUGCGGAGUGCAAUACUACACCGGGCAGUUGUUUGAUAUACCGAAGAUAACAACGGCUGGACAGAAAAAGGGGUGCUUUGUUGGCUUUGACUUAGCACAUGCCGUUGGAAACGUUGAAUUAUAUUUACAUGAUUGGGGAGUGGAUUUUGCCUGUUGGUGUUCUUAUAAGUACUUGAACUCGGGAGCUGGUGGACUAGCUGGAGCAUUCAUCCAUGAGAAACAUAUCUCCACCAUUAAGCCAUCCUUAGUCGGUUGGUGGGGUCAUGAGUUCAAGACUAGAUUCUGCAUGGAUAAUAAACUGAAAUUAAGUCCAGGAGUUGAUGGUUUCCGCCUUACAAAUCCACCUAUUCUUCUGGUCUGUUCUCUGCAUGCAAGCUUAGAGCUCUUCAAUCAAACUAGCAUGAAAGCCAUUAGAGGAAAAUCAAUUCUAUUGACUGGCUAUUUGGAAUAUUUAAUUAAAUAUUAUUUUUAUGACCAUGUUGAACAACAUGACAACAAAAAGCAAAUUAUAAAAAUUAUGACACCUUCUCACUACGAAGACAGGGGUUGCCAGCUCUCCCUAACUUUUUCAAUGCCAGCUAAAGAUGUUUUUGAAGAACUAGAAAAGAGAGGUGUAGCAUGUGACUUAAGAGAACCCAAUGGCUUACGAAUUGCACCUAUACCUCUCUAUAACACAUUCAAUGAUGUGUACCGGUUUAUUCAGAUUUUGAGAGAUGUCAUUGCAUGCUUGUCAAAAACAAAUCCCAAAUAG